AUGACCAUUUCCAAAAUCCCCUCCGAGCAGUGGGCGGCGGUGGUAGAAAAGACAGGCGGACCUGUCGUGUACAAACGAAUCCCCGUAAAGCAACCCGGCCCAGAUGAAGUGCUCAUCAACGUAAAAUUCUCAGGCGUCUGCCACACCGACCUCCACGCCAUGAUGGGCGACUGGCCGCUCGCCACAAAACUCCCCCUCGUGGGCGGCCACGAAGGAGCAGGCGUUGUCGUCGCCCGCGGCGAUCUCGUCAAGGACAUCGAGAUUGGCGACCACGCCGGCAUCAAGUGGCUGAACGGGUCGUGUCUCAACUGCUCGUACUGCAAUGUCGCUGACGAGCCGCUGUGCACAAAGGCCCAGCUGUCGGGGUAUACCGUCGACGGGUCGUUCCAGCAAUACGCUAUUGCCAAGGCAGCUCAUGUGGCCCGUAUUCCUAAGGAGUGCGACCUCGAAGCCAUUGCUCCCAUUUUGUGUGCAGGAAUCACAGUGUACAAGGGCUUGAAGGAAUCUGGCGCCAAGGCAGGAGAGUCAGUUGCCAUUGUAGGUGCGGGCGGCGGUCUAGGAAGCCUGGCGUGUCAGUAUGCCAAGGCUAUGGGCUUCAAGAUUAUUGCUAUUGACGCGGGCGCUGAGAAGAAGGACAUGUGUAUGAAGCUGGGGGCGGACACGUUUGUCGAUUUCACGACGUCCAAAGAUCUUGUUUCUGAGGUCAAGGCCGCGAGUAACGAUGGUCAGGGGCCUCAUGCCGUUCUUCUCGUUGCGGUUACUGAGAAGCCUUUCCAACAGGCUACUCAGUACGUGCGGUCUCGGGGUGUUGUCGUGUGCAUUGGCUUGCCGGCUGAUGCGAAGCUGUCUGCCCCCGUCUUCGAUACCGUCAUUCGCAUGAUCAAUAUUAAGGGGAGCUAUGUUGGCAACCGCGCUGAUACCGCCGAGGCUAUUGAGUUCUACCGCAGGGGUUUGAUCAACGCUCCGUUUAAGACUGUCGGUCUAAGUCAGUUGCAAGAUGUUUUCAAGUUGAUGAAGGAGGGCAAGAUUGCUGGACGAUAUGUGGUCGAUACGAGCAAGUAA